AUGCCUCUGCCAAAGGGGGAGGCCAUGGGUGGUUUGGACGAGGCCGUGCAGCAAUUGGUGGAAGUGCAAAAGCAACAGACGCUUGGAGCUUUAGGAUCCAAGGUCUUUAGCCUGGGCCCAACUGCCUCCAGGCACCGUGAAUGGCAAAGCACUGUGGAAGAACUACUUCAGCGUGUGAAUCACAGCGUGGACCAGGCGGAGCGCAGCCGUGAUCACUUCGCAGGAGAAGCACAAGGAGUUGAACAAGAAUUCUCUCGCGAGAUCGAGGGAAAUAACUUGAAGAUGCUGAACGAGGAGGAGAAGAAUUUGCAGAGAAGGCCAUCAAUCUUCAACGAAAGGACUUCAGCCACCUUCAACAUCAAGCCCCUGAAGAAGUUGGUCUCGGAAGCCUUAAAGGAGGCGAGCCGCAGUCGUGCCAGCGGUCGUCCGUUGCGAGGACUGCGGAAGGUUGCUGAGCACAUUGUGGCUGCCCAUUGGUUUGAGUAUGUCACUGGUCUCAUCAUCUUUGCCAACCUAAUCACCGUGGGGAUUGAGCUGGAGAUGACUUUGACCGUGCCGGAGUUCCAGAAAGCAGUUUGGCCACAAGUCGCAGAGCGCAUCUUUCUCUUCAUCUACUUUGUUGAGCUGGUUCUGAGAAGUUUUGCUGGUGGCAUGCAGAACUUGAAGGAUCUGUGGUUUUGGAUGGACCUGUUCUUGGUGGCCCUGGGCAUUUGGGCCUUGGUGCUCCUCCCGAUCGCCGGAGGCACUGACCUUGGCUUCGAACGGCUCUUGGUCUUUCGCGGCCUGCGACUUCUGCGCUUGGUCAGGGCUUUGAGGAUGGUGAACCACUUCAAGAUUAUGUGGCGUCUCGUCUACGGGCUUCUGACCUGUGGCCAAACCAUUUUGUCCACCAUGGCACUGAUCAUCAUCUCGCUCUUUGUUUUUGCCUGUGUGGCUGUGGAAUUGAUCAGCAAGGACACGGAGCUUUCGAAGGCGAAUGAAGAGGUCGCUGAAAUCGUGGAAGUCAACUUUGGUAGUCUAGGAAAAACCAUUAUGACACUCUUUCAGUUUGUGACGCUGGACUCGAUCUCCGCGAUCUACUUCCCGCUGAUUACGGCCAAGCCCUUUCUGGUGCUCGUGUUCUUACCCAUCUUGGUGGUGGUCUCCAUUGGCCUUAUGAAUCUGGUGACUGCAGCCUUAGUGGAGAAUGCAAUGGCGAAUGCGACAGCGCAGGCAGAGGAGGAGAGGAACAGCUUGAAGAAGCAGCUGCAGAUUGCCUUGCCCUCCCUGAUUGAUCUCUUUCACGAACUGGAUGAAGAUGGGAGCGGGAUGCUGACCGAAGAGGAGCUCUCCAAGGUCUCCGCCGACAUCCUGCCACCAAGGAUCUUGGAAUCGUCCUUUGCCGAGGACGCGCUUGACGCGGUUGACGCGGAACGGCAUCUUCUCAGCGCGCAGCUCGCGCGCGUUUGGGCGGCACGUGGUCACCAAACACGGAUGGACCCGUAUGGGUGAUCGAAGCAAGAGAUCUGGCGCAACAUGGAAAGCACCGUGUUCUUUUUCUGUUUCUCAUGUGAACAAUGUGGACGAGCCCCAGAAGGGUCGUUUCAGCCUCACCCUGUUGUAGGUCGCCGUGUCAGAUCGAAAUCGGUCGGUCGUUUCGGCUCAUCCGGGUGAGCCGAGGGGCCAAGGGAGGGGGGCCGAGCCGUUGAGUCAGACAACUGGCCUGGCCACGCCUGGCGUAUUCGUCAGCUUGAACUCAGCCGGCUGAUGGCAGAAUCCGAUGAAGCGAAAGGCUUGACAUGUUAUAAUACCCCAGGAACCGGUUUUUCACUGAGGCUUGGCGUGUUUCAUGAGGCUGUUAGUUCAUACGUUCCAUUUCCCGAGUGUAUGCCUGGAGCUUGUCACUUCUAGCUGGAGACAGAGCAGUCCAUCGCGGAGGGAGUGGGCUUGUGCCAAAGGAGAAUACAGUAUUAAGAUUUGACGACAUGGACGGAGCUUCAGUAGCCUUAGCAGCCUGCAGUGGGCGUAGUAGCCAGUCAGAAAUGGCAAGAGUAGGCCGCAGUGGCCGUAGUCAAUUGAAGGUCGGGACUGACCUGGCCUUAAAUGCGCUGUAACAGCACUGUGCUUAAACCAAGCAGGUCUUCCCCAGGUUGUUCGGAUAUAGGUGGCCCUUAGCUUGCGUGUGCGCCCCGUACGAUAUAACUACAGGUGGCCCAGGUUUUGGCAGGUUUGGCUCAUCGGUUGUCUCUGUGCACUUGUUUUUUUCCAUCCAACGCAACCACAUGACAUGUUGUCUUGUCUCCUUUUUGGUCUCUUUUGUCCCUCAGUCGGAGCAUCAGUCGGAGCCAGUCGGGGCUCUCGACCAUCUUUCGCCUCCCUUCGGGUUAAAACGACCCGGACGGCAGUGAAGAUGGAUUUGAGAGACCGACCUUCCCCAUAACUCUGCGUCGUUGUGGUCGCAUUCUUUUCUUAUUUUUUUCACGAUCGAUGUCUGCUGUAGAAUGCUGUGCAGGAGACACCUGCGACUGAAUGAAUGGUGCUGAAAUGUCUUUCUUCUUUUUCUGCUUGUACCUCGACCUUCAUUCAGAGACGAAGCCUGGAAUACGACGAUGUUGUGUUCGUUUUUAGGCUUGAUCGUGGUGCACAAUGGUGUCGGGAACAUGUGACGUUGUAAUUUGUAUUUUGUUCAUGUUCCUAGGUCCUAGGUCUUUUCAUCGCAUUUGGAAGAGGAACUAAGAUGAGAGCACUCUUAGGGCUUACAGGGGGCUCUGUUGAAAUGAUGUUGUUUGACUGGUGUUCAUUGAUGGGGGCUCUGUGAUUGACUGGUGUUGAUGAGUAAGACAUGUGUUUUCUGAAGAGCGAAGACUGCGAGCGAUGAUCUUUUUUUGAUCCAACUCAAUACUUUGAAUGGUUCUUUGUAUCACCUCUUUUUAGUUUUCCUUUAUUUCUUUUCUUGUCUUUAACUCGUUGCCUCGAUCCCUCAGAGGUUCCUUAGUUCACUGUCUAUGUAAUUUCCCUUUGCUUCUCACGGAUCCGUCAGAGUAUUUUAUUGAUCCACUUUAUGGUAACAGGGACGGAAAGCGGCAGCAAUGAAUUUGAUAGGAGACUCACAGCAAGAGUUUUAUUCCCUGCUUGCAAGCAUUCAGUUCCGUUUCAUGUCACAGCACGUUGGCCGGUGUUUUGAAGAUUCAGGGUUUCAGAUUUGCGUGAGAUGGGGCGAUUUCAGCCUCUGCAGUGAGGAGGCGCAGCACGAGUUCUUCUUUUUGACCUCCCGGUUCAAGUAAAUAGUUUGCCUCGCGACUGAAGGGCAGAAAUUGCUCGAAGCAAAUACCUCCGCCUGAAUAGAACAUCCUGCUCGCUCUGAAUUGUCCUUCUGUAUUUCUCGGCGCAGUCAGGGAAUGGUUUCCUUGAGUGCAAAUACUUCGGCGGGAUAUUUUCAUUUGACUCUUUCUUUCCCUGAGCUCCUCAAGGAUGUCAGAGUCCAGGCCUAACUGCACCGUACUGACUGAGAGGGCCGUGCAGCAGGGAUAAAUAC